AUGUCGUUGAAGGCCAUCUCGUCGAAAGAUGCUGCGUCGCUUGACAAGGACCUCAUGGACGCGGACAUCGGCGGUUGGUCCCUGGACCAGCUGAUGGAGCUGGCGGGGCUGUCUGUUUCGCAGGCUGUCUAUCGAGUUCAUCCUCCCAGUGCGGGAAAGAAUGUCCUUGUGGUUUGCGGGCCUGGAAAUAACGGAGGUGACGGUCUCGUGGCAGCUCGCCACCUGGCUCAAUACGGCUACACCCCAUCCAUCUACUAUCCCAAGGAGGGCAAGAAUCCUCUCUACCAGGUAUUCAUUCGAGUCUUGAGGAGUAAACAAAGAAGAAAGAAGAAAGAUAAGCUAACCAACCAGCGCCUCAAAACCCAACUCCACAACCUCUCCGUCCCCUUCAUCACAGACCUCCCCCCCGCAAUCCGCACCUCCGACUUCCUCAUAGACGCCAUCUUUGGCUUCUCCUUUGGCGGACCCCUGCGCGACCCCUUCCCAACCAUCAUCUCGCAGAUCGAAACCGCCUCCAUCCCCGUCCUGAGCGUCGACGCCCCCAGCUCCUGGGACGUCGAGUCCGGGCCGCCCGAGUCCGGCCCCGGCUCGAAGUUCAUGCCUGACGCGCUUAUCAGUCUCACGGCUCCUAAGCCUUGCGUGCGUUUUUACCGGGGUCGCCAUUUUCUGGGUGGGCGCUUUUUGACUGAUGCUGUGGCGCGGAAAUAUGGGUUGGAUGUUCCUGCUUAUCCGGGGGUUGAUCAGGUUGUUGAGAUGCCUGUUGAAGCUGAUGGGGGAAGGCUUUAG